AUGGCCACCGUCAAGCUGAAAACGUCUAGCAAGCUGUUACUGUUACUUGUUGUCCUCUUGUGUUUUGUUUGUAAUUCGGGACAAGCCAGCGUCAAGUACCCCGUUGUUUUGAUCCCUGGCGAUGGAGGAUCGCAACUGGUGGCCAAACUGAACAAGACAACUAGCCCACAUUAUCUGUGCCGCAAGACCACGCCUGACUACGAAACAAUCUGGCUCAACUUAGAGGAGCUGUUGCCAGAAGUUCUAGAUUGUUUCGUUGAUAAUAUGAGGUUGUGGUAUGAUCCGAAGACCCGAAAAACUUUCAACACUCCUGGUGUGGAUAUCAAAGCCAGCGGAUUUGGGGGAACAGAGACUGUGGAGUAUCUAGACCCGAACCCUGUGUCACAUUUUUCCUCCUCCUUGUCAUAUUUCUACUACAUUGUCAGUGAUUUGGUUUCCAUUGGUUACGCUCGAGGCCUGUCAGUGAGGGGAGCACCAUUUGAUUUCAGAAAAGCACCAAAUGAGCUGGGCGAUUAUUUCAUCAGCCUGCAGAAGCUGGUCGAGGAAACCUACCAGAAGAACAACAACACCAAAAUUGUUGUGGUUGCUCACAGCAUGGGGAACCCCGUGUUUUUGUACUUUCUGAAUCGACAGCCUCAGUCGUGGAAGGACAAGUUUAUACAGUCGUUUGUGACGCUGGCGGGUGUCUGGGGGGGAGCUGUCAAACCACUAAGGCUCAUGUCUUCAGGUGACAAUCUUGGUGUCAUCAUUGUCAACACGCACAAGAUUCGCCCUCAGCAGCGCUCUAUGCCCAGCACUGCCUUUUUGAUGCCCAGUGCCCAGUUCUGGAAACCUUCAGAUAUUCUAGUCAAGACAUUUGAAAAAAACUACACUGUUGAAAACUACAAGGAAUUCUUCGCAGAUAUGAAUUUUACUGACGGAUAUAACAUGCGGGCCGACACUGAAAAUUUGGUGAGCAGUCUAACACCACCUCAGGUACCUGUCCAUUGCAUCCAUGGCUCAGGUGUUCCGACACCUGGCAUGUUGAUCUUUGGCAAAGGCCAAUUUCCGGAUACCUUCCCUAGCGAGAUUGAUGAAGAUGGGGACGGGACUGUAAACAUUCGCAGUCUCCUUGGUUGCUUGAGGUGGGUGGGCAGGCAGAAGUAUCCUGUCAUACAUACAGCCUUCAACGGAAGCGCCUCUGGGCACAUGUCGAUCAUGUCCAACAAAGGUGUCAGACAGUACAUCAUUGAUGUUGUGACAGGAAAAAGAUGA